AUGGAGACGGCGAAGGUGGAGAAGUUCCGCACCCCGGGUCGAGGAAACGGGCUGCGCGCGUUGAAGGCGCUGCAACCCGGAGAGCUGCUCUUCCGCUCGGACCCCUUGGCAUACACCGUGUGCAAGGGGAGUCGUGGCGUCGUCUGCGACUGCUGCCUGCUCCGGAAAGAAAAGCUGCUACGAUGUUCUCAGUGCCAAGUCGCCAAAUAUUGUAGUGCCAAAUGUCAGAAAAAAGGUUGGCCGGACCACAAGCGGGAAUGCAAAUGCCUUAAAAGCUGCCAACCCAGAUACCCUCCUGAAUCAGUCCGCCUUCUUGGCAGAGUGGUUUUCAAACUUAUGGAAGAAACCCCCUCGGAAUCUGAGAAACUUUAUUCAUUCUAUGAUAUGGAGUCAAAUAUGAACAAACUGACUGAAGAUAAGAAAGAAGGCCUCAGGCAGCUCGCACUGACAUUUCAGCAUUUCAUGAAAGAAGAAAUACAGAACGCUUCUCAGCUGCCACCUUCCUUCGACAUUUUCGCUGCUUUUGCAAAAGUGAUCUGCAACUCUUUCACCAUCUGUAACCCCGAGAUGCAGGAAGUUGGUGUUGGCCUCUAUCCUAGUAUGUCUUUGCUCAACCAUAGCUGUGACCCCAACUGUUCCAUCGUAUUCAACGGGCCCCACCUCUUGCUGCAUGCAGUGCGAGACAUCAAGGUGGGAGAAGAGCUCACCAUCUGCUACCUGGACAUGCUGAUGACCAGUGAGGAGCGCCAGAAGCAGCUGAGGGACCAGUACUGCUUUGAAUGCGACUGUUUCCGGUGCCAAACCCGCGACAAGGAUGCUGACAUGCUAACUGGUGAUGAAGAAGUGUGGAAGGAAGUUCAAGAGUCCUUAAAAAAAAUUGAAGAACUGAAGGCACAGUGGCAGUGGGAACAGGUGCUGGCAAUAUGCCAGUCGAUUGUGAGCAGCAACUCGGCGCGGCUUCCCGACAUCAACAUCUACCAGCUGAAGGUGCUUGACUGCGCCCUGGACGCUUGCAUCCACCUUGGCCUGUGGGAGGAGGCGCUGUGCUAUGGCAUCCGGACCAUGGAGCCGUACAAGAUUUUCUUCCCAGGAAGCCAUCCCAUCCGAGGGGUGCAGGUAAUGAAAGUUGGCAAGCUGCAAUUACAUCUAGGCAUGUUUCCCGAGGCGAGGAAGAACCUCAGACUGGCUUUUGACAUUUUGAGAGUUACGCAUGGCAGAGAGCACAGCCUGAUUGAAGAUUUGACGCUUCUCUUAGAAGAAUGUGAAGCCAACAUGAGAGCAUCCUAAGGGGCCCAGUCCGAGGGCAAGGGGUUCUCCUUUCAUACUACACGCUUAGGAGCACACGUACCCCUCCUACUGUGUUUGCUGCGCAAGCCUCCCCUGCUGAAAAUGCUGCUCUGUGUCUGGAAGCAUAAAGGCAGGUCACAGAAUCAUUCGUUGUGAGCAGCCACAGUGCCAAUCGUUUUCUUAAGGGAGACAUCAGUCAGUGUAAGACAUGAAAAAGCAUAAUU